AGCUUUAAAAUAGAGCCAGUCUCUGGCAAGUAUGUACAUCGAUUGGAAGUUUGUAGAAUUAUUGUCAAUAGUCUUGGCUCUGGCCUUCAUGGAAAGUCAUGCAACUUUGGCGGAACCGCAUAAACGAGGAAGGCAUCAGCAUCAAUCAUAUCCAACUACCACCAUCGCUCCUCCUCCAGAAGAAGAGAAUUUAAAUAACAAAUGUUACAAAGAAAUCCCGAAUGUAGCCUUAAAGGCUUACCCUCAUGCGAAGUUCAUCCGAUCCGGUUCCUCCAUGCAUAUGGCAUUUGUAGAAACAUGUUGCGAAGGCUACCAGCCUCAUGUGGUGAAUAGUGUUUCGGAUGAAAUAGCUUGCGAGCCUAUUUGCGAUAAUUGUUUGAAUGGAUAUUGUGUCGCACCUGGGGAAUGUGAGUGUUAUAACGGUUUUGUGAAGAAUGACAAUGGCGACUGUGUGUUUACAUGUCCGAUUAGCUGCCUCAACGGACAGUGCUACCUCGAUGGUACUUGUAAAUGCCACCAGGGCUAUAAGUUAGAUGAGACUAAAAAAUUCUGUCGACCCAUAUGCUCUGAAGGAUGCAACGGAUGGAUGCAGAACUGCACGGAACCCGAGAAUUGCGGUUGCAGCACAGGAUACACAUUGAGAGAAAACGGUUGCACUCCUGUUUGCGAACCUGACUGUGGAUUGGGAGGCGAGUGUGUCGAGCCUAACAAAUGUAGUUGUCAUGAGGAUUUUAAUCUCAAAGAUGGUGUUUGUCAAGCAGAUUGUUAUCAGAAAUGUGACAACGGAAUAUGUUUUUCAAAACACAGAUGUAUUUGCUAUUCGGGAUUUAAGUACCACGAGAAAACGUUAACUUGUAUACCGACUUAGAGACGGUUUAAGUUAUUAAUACAGUUUUGUUUAGUUUGUACAAAUUUUAGAGUUUAAGUUAGUCUAUAUUCUUUGUGUUAAAAUAAGAGUCAAUAUAAUAUGAAAAAUAAUUGAAAUAUUUUAAUA